GGUUCAGUGCAUAGAAAAUUUCUACUCUGGCCAGAGCAAUAUCUUUGCUCUAUCAAUGUGCCAAUACUGGAUUUAUAAUAAGGGCAUAUCAACAAUUGUGCUAUUCAUUUGAAACAAAUUAUUUCUUUUUGGAUUUUAUUGUUCUUCUGUGGAAUAUACAUUUGUUCUUUAUUUUUAAUCACAGUGAAACAUAAAAAUAAAAUAUAGAGCACCGCUACAAUAAAAAAAAAAAGCUUAUUUAGAUCUAUAGGCAUUGGAUUGUUCAUAUAGAUCUAGAUUUGCACAAUAUAAUCUAUACAACAUAGAUCUGUAGAUCUAAUAUAAGUGUGUUUUUUAAAGUAUUUUGUCUGUGAUUUUCAUGCCAGAUAUUAACGCAUUACAUAUUUUCCAUCAUUGACCAAACCAUGACCAGUACUGACGUCGCAGGGGUAUGGAUUCUUGUGACCAUCACUGCUCACUCCAUCGAACACACAGAUUUAGCAGCCAUCCGUGGGACAGACUGACAACCACUGGUCGUCAAGGGAGCUCAUCCUUUGACCUUCACAGGCACGUGCUGAACUCAGAGCUCAGCCGUGUGCCGGGCAAGCAUCUAAAUCGUUCGUCGUUGAGUUCUUCAUCUGUGAUCAAAGUCCAACAGACCAUUGCACCGGACAGUCCAGAUUUUACGUGUCCGCAUCAUUCACAUUUAUGAGUAACAAAAGUAGGAAUCUUUAAAACAACAACGCCAUUUUCUAAUAGUAUUUGAACCCAAGGAACUCUGUCUCAGAUUCGUCUUUAGAAUAAAUAACAACGCGCCUGAUUUUAAUGUAGAUAAUGAAAUUGUUGAGCUCCUAUCAUAGUAAUUAAACAUCUUAACGGGCUAAUUUUCCAUUGAAACUCUAUAUAAAUAGCCUGACCCAUACAAAAGCACCAAGCGAGAACCCGCACCAAGUGAGACACGGCUUAUUCAAAGAGUGCUUCUCUAAUGAAAUAUUCAGCCACAAGUCUCGCGCACGUUAAUUAGCGAGAUCAAAACGUCUUCGUAAUUGUUUUUUUUUUCUUUCCCUUACGUUGUUAACAGUAACCUCCCUUUCCCUCCCUUAAGUUUUAUUUUUAAACAUUCCACAAAUGCACAGAUGCGUCAAUCAAUGCUUGACUUUUGAAGAUUUGAAGUCAGCUUGUAUCUUGUUAUUUAUUUGAGUCAAUAUUACUUUGUUUCAAGCCCACCUACCUCGAGUUAUACGCCGUGUAGACGUAUCACUACUCUCUGCGCUCUGCUGCACUUGAUGCAUUAGUUUAUGCUGAAAAGCCACGGUAUAGCGUCUAUCAUUUUUGGACAAGCUGAUCAGACGAGCCGUCUCAAUGAGGGACCUCUCUCCCAACAGAUUUACUGACAGUUCCAAAGUUAGUAAAUGUCUAGAAGGACUCGAUCAAAGUUUCUCGCCCCGAAGGUACGCUGCAGUCUCAGCUAGUGACACGCCUUGCUCGUGUAACCAUCCUGCAUCAUCUAGUCUGCGACUUGACGUGCACCAACAUGGUGACAUUAGAGGGCUCUCCCGCGGUAUUCAAUUUCAUUUAGAGCCUGUCUCUGCGUCGCUUUGCGCCCCUGUGCAACAUCUGUUUAACCAGAGAAAGACAAUCGGAUUUUUGUAUUUCUUCCAACACGUAGACUGCAUUCACUUCAGAGAGGGACCUUUUUCUUCUCGUUCUACCCAAUCACUUCAAGAGCAGAGAGAUUCCAGACAAUCGAUAUCUCUCUUCAGGUUUUGGCUGAAGAGAUGCAAUCAAACCUCCACCGUAAUUCAGUGAACUUACCCGCCGUUCCGUCUCUCACUACGACGUCGUUGUCAUCGUUCUUCAAGCAUUUUUCAUCAGCAACAUCGUACUCAGCAUCGUCGCGCCGAUCAGCGUCCUCCAUCGCUUGUUCGCCUUUCACGAAGCAACUCCUCGCCUUGACCAUCCUCUGCGGGCUGCUCUUCAGCUCGGUUAGCCCCAAGCCUAUCCCUGGCAACGACACGGAGAAGCAUCCAGACACGAACGGCACCGACAUUCCUUACAGUGACCAGCCUCCUCGUAGUUUAGGCGAGGGACAGGACAAAACUCACUGGAACAGACAGCCGCACGACCGUCUGUACUAUUUGUUGGUCGGACAACAAAACCAGCAGUAUCUGACCGUCUUCAAAGACAAUAUUUACGGAACUUUUGACCAGAAGCCUCAGCAAGGUAUCUUCAAGUUCCUAUCUGAAAAUCACAGUCUAGUGAUCAAGCACUACUCGCAUCAAGAGAGAUUUCUGUGUCUCAACAACAGCUCCAAACUUUAUUUACGAGAGGACCUCAAUGACGAUUGCUUGCUGACUGAGCUGUUAUCUGAAAAUCGUAUUUCUGUCAACUACAGAUUCGACAAAUACAAUAAAUACUUAGGUCUCGACUGUGAUCCGCUUAUUGGGGCAGAAAGCGACAAGAACCAGGUGGCUUUCAAGUUCCAGAACAUUCCUGUAUCCGAGAACGUGAUUAAAGAAGUCAAAUCUGUCAAAAUGACGAAAGAGCCCCCGAAAAAAUGUUCGUCUCAAAGAAAGAAACUGCUGCAGAAACUCACCACAAGAUGGUGCUGGAACCAGAACCUAAACCGGAUGUCUAAAGACCGGAAGAAGUAUUUGGAUACUUGUAAGAAAAAGCACUGCAAAAACGGAGAUAGCUCCGACUGCGUUUGCAAAAGACUUGAAAACAUGCUGGACCACGUGAAGAGAUGGAAGAGAAAAUGUCUGGCAAGGCGAGUCAUCACGUGGAUCAACAACCCCGAGAGGCAGACUUCAGAAAUGCCUAUGAAUAAGAAAGUGGUCACAGAGCUGUCCAAGCUACUUCUCCCGCUGUACCCGAACAUCGCCAGAAGAGCACAAAACAUUGCCUGCAAUAAAAAGUUAAAAAACGGACGACGCUGUAAUCCUCGCCGUAAAUCAGCGCGAGUGAAGCCAGUGAAAAUCAACCCUCUCCUGGACAAAUUUCAGAACGAGCUCGUUAACAUAAGCGGCGGACCCAAACCAGACAGUUCUUCGGGUGGGUCUCCGCCUUCUUCCAAUGACAAAAACUUACAAAGUGUGCUGUCUUCUAAGUUUCGCAAAGCGAUUGAAGAGUUGAUAAACCACACUGGCAAUCAUCGGCCAAUGCAACACAAGCGGCGCAAACACAACCGAAAGACUAAACAUCCUCGGUCAAAAUCUCCGAGGCGAAAAAAUCGAAAGAGGGCUCAUCUUCCUAAGAAGCUCGUAGCGCAGGACAAAGCUUCUGUAUCCAAAGACUCUCUAAACACAGAACAUUUUCAUACAUCUCCAGGCUAGAUACUUCUCAAUGUGACUCAUACUUUUUUUUGUCUAUUUUCCAAUUCGCAAUUCGAGAAUCAAAUGUUUUUUAAAAAUAUACACGAGUCUAGUAACGAAAAAAAACACAAUAAAUUUUGUAAACACUUUUGGUUCUCUCGUCAGAAUUGCGCUUCAUUGUACAUGGCACUUUCGUGUGAGGAUUAUCCCAUUUGAAAUUCAGAUGCACCUGCUCCACAAAUUGAGAUCCUCGCGGAAAUCUUCAUCGGAUUAACGAGUCUCCACAUCAGUAUGCCAGAAAUUCCGUUCCGAAGACUGCCCAGCCAGCUAAAAAAAAAAAGGGGGCCCUUCAUCGGAGCCCCACAUCGGAGGAGCUCUUCUAGCUCGUUUAAAAGAAAAAAAUAACAAAACAACAGUAACAGCCAGUUGCAGUGUUAAUGACUAAUUAACGUCAGAACAACUCCAGGCACAAACCCAGUUCAUUAAAACCAGUUCUGAACUCAUAUUUGCAAUAUAUUUGUUUUCUUUGUACAGUUCAACAGAGUCUGCACUGGGAACAUCACGAAACGGCACAACUAUGACACUAGUGUAUAUUCGUGCAAGAAAGACUACUUUGACUCUUUUCUUUGGAUGCUUGUUAAUAUAAUCUCCCUUACUAUGUUAUACUUGUUUUGAUUCUCUCCAUUCAAUUGUAUGACAAUGUCUAUUGCAACAAACAGAGUUAUGGUAAGCGUGUGUGUGUUAAGGGCCUUGGUGGCCCCGAAACAAGACAGUAAUUAUGUAUCUAGAAAGCAAGCCAUCCCAUCUUUCCGAAUGGCUGAGUCCACACUGCUGCUUAUUUAUUUGUCAAUCAAUAUUUAUUGCGUAUACACAUUUUAAUUUUAAUCUUAGGUUUAAACCUUCAUUCAAAUCCUUAGUUGGAUUGCGAGGCCCCACCCAUUUUGUAUUGUAACCCACAGCUUGAAACCGGCAUGUACGGGUCAUUAGCACGCAAUUGUAAUUUUGCUAGCACAUGCCGAAAUAAACUUUAGCUAGUAUUGACGGCCAGCCAAUUUAAUCAACUAGUGCGUUAGAUGUGCAUGUCAGCAUCUGAGGUUUGACAUUCUUUCAGAAGAAAAAAAAAUUCAAAUUUCAAGUGGCGUUGCCUUGAGUCACGAGUGAUUCCAUCGCUAUUUGCCUCCCAUAGUUCAAGAAGAAGGGCCUACUAGUAGAGCCCAUCCUCAUUUGGCCUCCUUGAUCCGCCAUUGUUGACGCUGUGAUGUGCACCUCCGCCAUUGUUGAUGCUGUGAUGUGCACCUCCGCCUUCUUGCAUCUUAUUGAUAAGAACCUAGUAAAAGAAAAAAACAACUGUGUUUGAGUAACAUCCUUUGAACCAAUUCGUACCAAAGAUUUAAAAUAGCGUGAAUCGAAGUUCAACAUAUGUAUAUAUAUUAUAUAGGUCAGGUGUAAGUAUGGAUAGAGCUUUUACACCAGAUAAGAAUGCCGUUGAAAUCACUAACAAGGGUAGAUGUCAUUUAUAGCACAAAUAAGUCUAAAAUCUUAUAGUAGUAUAGGCUUUUUUACAGUUCAAUAUAUUUUUUAAUGAAGCUAUUUUUUGGUGACUCUAGGCUGACUACUAGACAACAACAUAAUGGCUUUCUUAAAAUUGCAAUUGAGAAGUCUUCUGGUGUCAUUAGCAUCUAUCCAUUAAUAAAUGUCAUCCACUAAAUGUCAUUCUCAAGCCUGUCAUACGUGUAUGUUUGUCCUUUCCGAACUGAACCGGGAUACUCCGAUUUGCUGCCCCCUUGCUCUUUUACCCGGUCCUGUGUUUUGUUUAUUUAUUUAUAGAAGUCUUGACAGAAUCGAUGUAAAUACUCCUUCAUGAUCAAAAUGUACAGAAUAUGAGAACUACUACGCACCAACCUCAUCCCAUCCCCCCUUCCCAGAGAUUCAUGCUAUUAUAAUCCAUGUGAAUAGUGUUACCUCAUUGCUAUAUAAGGUAUUUGUGCGAUAUACAGGUAUUUGGUUGUUUGUUAGUACUAGUAUUUCAUUCGUCUGUAGAUUAGAACUACUUUGAGUUGACAUUACAGGAACAUGUUUUUUUUUCGGUUGAUCAAACGCUUUCUUUAAACUUAAGGUGAAUUCAGGAGUUGAGACAAAUAGUUCACAGUGCUGCCAAAUUAGUCACAUUCAAUUAUUAAUGAUGCUUUUUUUUCCCCAUGAAGUCGACUAUUUCCUAAUAAAGCAAAGGUUUAUGCAUAUUAGAAGUUCUACGUAAAAUACCCCUUAUAAAUGUUGCCUUAAUAUAGGUCUAAAUAGAUUCUAUUUACUUGCACCUAUUUAUAAGAACUCAAAUAAAUGCAAAAGUCGAUAUAGGCCUAAGCUUAGAUGUAAAUGUGAAGGCAGGUGGUGAAGAAUGAUACAUACAUAUUGAACAGGCUCCUACUUGUUAUCCUCUGGGGACGACAGAACACAAUUUUUUUUCAAUCUACGCAUCUCUUUGCUUAUAGCUGUGUACUAUGAAUAUUACAUAUAAUAGACCCACUAGUUUACUAUGUCUGUUAGCGUCACUGAUGACAUCUUUCUGUAAAUAUAUUUGUUUGUUUGUCAACGCUUCUUUGUGGUUAUAAUGCGUUUUGACGCAUUCCUUGUAAAUAAAAAACAAAAUGUAUUUAGAUGAACGUAGUGGUGACGUCAAAGAUAGGACAUGGAACAUGUAUUAGGACACGGAACAUGUAUUAGGACCAACGGAAGUCACUCUUGAGGUCACAAAAUAAUUUAUUAAUGUUUUGUUUCGGUUCUUGUUGUUUAUUUAUUAUUUCGCAAAUUAUUUUUUUUUUAGACUUCAAUAGUAACAAAAUACAAAGAAAUAAAAAGUCUUUCACAAAAUUAUUGGAAAGUAACAUUUGUUUUUUUUUAUUUUAAUGAGGUUUUUUUUUAUUUUAAUGAGUUUUUUUUUAUUUUAAUUUUUUUUUUUUAUUGUAAUGAAGACACAUUUCUAUAUUUUAAAAAAUACGAGAUUAAAUCAAUCUCAAUUUCUAGUCUAUAUCUGACCGCCUAAUGAACUAAUAUUUAUCAUGUUGAUGUUUAAAUAACAAACACCAAAAAAUGUAUGUACUUUGUUUUGUAUAGAUUUGCUAUAGUUUUUAAAGUAGAGUUUCGUGACGUCAUUAUCUAAUACUGGAAUCUCCAUUAUACGUUUUUUUUUGUGCGAUACUAUACUCUGAAUAGAAGCAUUCAAGAAGGAAUAUCUUUCUAGAACAAAAUAAAAUUGAGUCAGAGAAUACACACAUGUCUAGUGAUAGUUAUUUUAUGUUUCGAUAACCCCCCAAGGUUUACGAUCAAGUAUGAUAUACAUAUAUAUAUAUAUAUAUAUAUAUAUAUAUAUAUAUAUAUAUUAUAUAUAUAAAAGCAAAUAUAUAAGAAGCAGUGUUCUCCGUUGUUUAUAACCUUGUUUUAUUCAAAAUUAAGUUUGAUUGAAAAUAAUAAUAAAAAGAAGAAAAAUGUGUUUACCUUCA